AAACGGACCAUAACACAGAGGGAUGUAAACAGUUCUCCGAAAACUACGAUUGUGAACGGACAGCAAACAAUGUCACGCUCUUGUCUUGUCGCGUGCUCCUUGCUCCUGGCCCUUGCCCAUGGGCAGGCAUCUGAUCCAAACGGACGCGUUGUUAGAGGAGUGGCGGCACCCGCAAACAGUGCUCCCUAUGCCGUGUCCAUGCAGUACAAGGGCACCCACUACUGUGCGGCCAGCAUCCUGAAUGCCAACUGGCUGGUGACGGCGGCUCAUUGCCUGUCUAGCAGAGCCCAAGUUUUGGGCAGCACUUUGGUAGCAGGAAGCAUUGCUGUGGCGGGAACGGCUAGCACAACCCAAAAGCGAACCAUUACCUACUACGUGGUCAACGAUUUGUACACCGGAGGCACUGUACCCUACGACAUUGGCUUGGUUUACACACCGACAGCGUUUACGUGGUCGGCUGCAGUGGCUCCAGUUACCCUUCCAGCCUCUGGCAAGGUGCCAACGGGCACGGCCACCCUGUAUGGCUGGGGCAGCACCAGUACAAGCAGCUCGGCUUCAUAUCCAAAAACCCUCCAAGUGGCCUACAAUCUGCCAAUCAUCAGCCUGAGCUCGUGCGAGGCUGCUUUGGGCGUCAAGGGAAGCGAUGUUCAUUCGACGAAUCUGUGCACUGGACCCCUCACUGCCGGCGCAAGCAUUUGCACAUCGGACUCUGGUGGUCCUUUGGUUCAAGGCAAUGUCCUUAUUGGCAUCGUUUCCUGGGGCAAGCUGCCUUGCGGCCAGGCCAACUCUCCUUCCGUCUAUGUGCAAGUCUCUUCGUUCAUACCCUGGAUAUCGUCCAAUAUGAAGGUCGUAUAGAGAGAAAUACGGCUAGAUUUCGCAUACCCAUAAAAUCCGAG